AGUUACAUUUCUGCGUUACCAUAGUAACCAUAUGUUGCAUCUUGCUGUAACUAAGCAACAGUGUCGACAUUUUUUACUUAACAAUAAUGAGUGAUAAUAGUAUAAGAUCUGUCUCAUAUAUAUUUGUAUAUAAUUCUAAGUUUUCUCCAAUUUGCAACUUUUUAUCAAUCAAAGAUUCAAAUUUGUAGAUAACCUUCUUUUAUAGCUAUGUUCAGACAAACAAAUGAAUUUUUCGUUUUGAUCCGAUGCAAAAUCUUAUCGAGAUCUUAUCUUCGUACAUUUAAUAUUUGUAAUUAAAACAAACAAUGUUAUUCAAUCAUCUGUUAUUCAAGCCCUGCAUCCGUAACUGGAUCAUACCGUAGUCUGUAGACCUAGUAAUGCGCAUGCGUCUGCUGUCGAAAUCUUGUGGACCUUUCAACCUGUUUCAAAGAAAAUGCCACUUGAAUCUGUACAAGACCAACCUAAUUAUAUGAACAAUUUAAAGGAUGGAAUUAUUGACUUUCUUGCUGGUUCAAUUGGUGGAGUAGCAUUAGUAUAUAUUGGUCAACCAUUGGAUACAGUUAAAGUAAAAAUGCAAACAUUUCCAUCGAUUUACAAAGGAAUGAUUGAUUGUUUUGUAAAAACAGUUAAAACAGAUGGAAUAGUAAGAGGUUUAUAUGCAGGAACUGUGCCUGCUAUUGUAGCUAAUGUAGCUGAAAAUUCAGUAUUAUUCACUGCUUAUGGUGGAUGCCAAAAAGUUGUUUCUAAAAUAUUAGGUUUAGACAAAGUUGAGGAUCUUAGUUCAUUGGGCAAUGCGUGUGCUGGAUUUUCCGCUGCAUUUUUUUCUUCAUUAACAUUAUGCCCAACAGAACUCAUUAAGUGUAAAUUACAAGCAAUGCACGAAAUGCAAUAUCAGACCAACAUGCCAAACACAAUUAUGAAACGAAUAGGACCAUGGGAGUUGACUAGAAAUAUCCUUAGAGAACAAGGUAUAAGAGGUCUAUUUACGGGUCUAACCUCGACCAUAGCCAGAGAAAUGCCAGGUUAUUUCUUUUUUUUUGGUGGUUAUGAAGUUACAAGAGAACUUUUAGCAAAUUCGAAUCAAAAGAGAGAUGACAUUGGUUGGCAAAAAACGGUGAUAGCUGGUGGUGUGGGUGGUACGGUUUUUUGGCUUGUCAUUUUUCCAGCAGACGUAGUUAAAAGUAGAAUACAAGUACAAAAUCUAAAAACAUCUGCUUUAGUGAUCACAAAAGAUAUUAUAAAAAAGGAAGGAAUUGGGGCAUUGUAUAAUGGUCUAACGCCAACUUUAAUAAGAACAAUACCAGCAACUGCAACAUUAUUUUUAGCUUUUGAAUAUAGUAAAAAGCUAAUGCACAGAUUUGUUGAUAACUAACUUGGUUUUUAAUACGUUUCUUAAUUAUUGGCUACCUCAAAUAUUUUUAAUGAAUUAAACAAAAUAUAUUGGUUUCAGAUUUUUUUGAUAAAAUUGGUUUUGCUGAGAUGAAAUUCUGAUGUUCAUCGAUACCAACGACAAUAUUAUUUUUUACAAAU